UUUGGUGUAACCAUGAAGAGGCUCCUACAAAAGAUUUAUCAUUGUUCAAAAGUUUACGGGUUUACAGCUGCAGGGGGCAGUUGCUAUUGUUGGCAUUGUGAUCUAUGAAAGAAGCAGAAAACAAUCCAGUAUUUUCAUCAUGGACAACACACGUGGACCCGAGCGUAAAAUGGGAUUACAAUUGGGAUAAAAGAGAACCGGAGAGCGUAAUAAAACCUCCAAAAGAGUCGGCGACUGACGAUGAAAAACUCCAGUACAAGGAGAAGCUUAAAAAGGUUCCCACGGCAACAAGACAUAUCAUAUUGAUCAGACAUGGACAGUAUUAUGACAGGGAAAGUUUAGAUAUCAACAGGAAAUUAACAGAUCUAGGCCGGGAACAAGCGCAACUUACUGGUGCAAGAUUAGUCGACAUGAAUUACCCAUGGUCCAAAUUAAUUUGUUCAACAAUGACUCGUGCAAAAGAAACAGCUGACAUAAUUCAUAAACAGCUUCCAGAUCUUCCUAGAGAAGAGUGUGAUUUAUUAAGAGAAGGUGCUCCCAUACCUCCUGAACCACCCUCGGGGAACUGGAGACCUGAGAAACAGCAGUUUUAUAAAGAUGGUGCUAGGAUUGAGGCAGCGUUCAGGAAAUAUUUUCAUCGAGCUGACCCAGAGCAGACCAAUGACAGUUACGAGAUCGUCGUGUGUCAUGCAAAUGUGAUAAGAUACUUUGUAUGCAGAGCGUUACAAUUCCCUCCAGAAGGCUGGCUACGUAUAAGUCUCAACCAUGCAAGUAUAACAUGGCUGUAUAUACGACCCAAUGGUAGAGUAGGCCUUCGUACCCUAGGAGAGGCAGGAUUCAUGCCUGUGAACAAAGUUUCUGUAUUAUGAUCAAAGCUUACCUGUAGGGCUAUAUUUUUAAGGUUGUUUCAAGGGAUGGACCAUUUCACAGGGAAACUGUUGUUAUCGAGUCAAGCUGUUGUAACUGCGUUGUUAAUCUAUGGGCUCUGACUUCUGAACUUUAAAAAUUUAAUAUGGAUCUCUAUUUGUUAAAGUCAUUGGGUAAUGACUGGAA